AUGGCCGCUCCAGCAGACAUCACUAUUAAGAACCUCAGCGGUGAAUGGCUCAUGGAGUCAUCCCUGGGCACUCCCACUGAUGCCGUCCUUUCUCUGCAAGGCAUGGGAUGGGUCACACGCAAGGCUCUCUCUCUCGCUACAGUAACCAUCUAUAUUCAUGAGUACCCGGACAGCGAGAAGCCCGAGAUCUACCACGUUGACGGCCAAUCUGUGCUUUCCGGUGGUAUUCAAGGCAACAAGGAAUGUCGCACCCUGGACUGGCAACAGCGGGAGCACACCGACAACAUCUUCGGCAAGCUGGUUGGUCAAUCGCGCCAUUUUGAAGGCAUUCAGAACAUCGACAUUCAAACCUCUGUUGGAAAUGCCGAGGACGAUGCGCGAGUCGCUAAGUUCCUGAAAGGCGAGACCUUGGUCGACGGAUCGAAGAGUGAGGGUUUCCUCGAAGAGGAUGCGUUCAUGCAGAGCUUUGUGCAGAACUCUGAGAGUGGCUGGACUGCAGAGCAGAUCUGGGGCUUUGAGAUUAUCGAUGGCAAGCGACUUCACACGCGCCGUGUUGCGGUUACCAAGGGCGGCAAGGUCGAGAUGGCUAGACUAGUUUACUCUUUCAAGUCUCGCAAGACUGAAGCGUGA